AUGCCGUCAAGGCUACAACUCCACCACCUCCAGGAAGAACAGACCCUCCGCGACAGGAACGCUCAGCUCAUCCUCGACCUCGAAGAAAACGAAUUCCAACUCGACAUCGACUGCUCAACCCCUCCUUCUACUUCCUUGUCAUCAACAGCUUCAUCCUCCUCCUCAAAGGACGAUUCAUCUGAGGAAGAGCUCUCCCUCCAGAAGCAGGACUUUGAACUCGAGCUGGCUCUCGAGGUUCAGCAUCAGAUUCAGAACCACCAGUACGACUCGACCCUCCUCAACGAAUCCCCAUCCGCACUCCAACGCCAUCUCGAACGCAAACUUCGUCAUCAGAAGCGUCUCUUGUCCGCCUACCAGUCAUCACUCCAUCAGCAAGCUGUCAUCUCCUACAACUCCCAAGAGUGUCUCGCCUGGAGGGUUCGUCAAAAACAACUCCAGCUGAACCAACCCCGCAAGUCUUCCUGGACUUCUUUCAAGAAUGUUGGCGACUCUUUGGCAACAGCAGCCCUGACCCGGUUUCAGCAGUUUCACCCUAACCGACGCGACUUGGACCAGGAUUCGAUCUUUGCAAAGACCUUAACUGCACUCGGACAGAAGCGAUACACGGACCCCAAUGGAUUCAUGGUUGAACUCGACCCUGUCAAGGUCAUGGCUGGAUCCAGGAGAGCAAGCACCUACCUCAACGACGAUCUCCACGUCCUUGUGCUGGACAUGCAAUGGGACCCCGAGGUCACUGUUGUUGUUGGAAAUGUGCUGGACGAGACUGUCAAGCUCAGACAGGAGGGUUACCGCCCCGUCAUGCUCAACGUGGCCAACAGCGAUGUCCCAGGAGGAAGUAUGCUUUCACAUCCUUGCUCGAAAAUAUGUGACUACCACCUGGAUUCAGCUACAGACAGCGAGGCAGAUCUUUUCCGCCGCACAACUCUUCAUCAAUGCAUGGAUCAGGAGCCUCGCCGUUCAAGAUUCUACCCUCUCGCAGAGGCUGGAGGAGUCUACUGCCCUAAUCAGGCCGUCUUCCGCCAUGGUUUCAACAGAGAUAACGAGUUCAUGGACCGUUUCGAAUGGAUCAGCGUCGUUUCUGUGGCACCGAUCCCCAAGAUGGAAACGCGCGAGAAGGACGGCGGUCUUGGAGGAGUGCAGUUCUUGGAGGGCGAGGAUGACCUUCUUCGUCGUAAGAUUCUGGCCGCCAUGAAGGUCGGAGUUAGUCAAGGUCAUGAUGCUCUUGUGCUCCCACCCCAUGGAACUGAUGCAGGACAGAAUCCCUCAGAGGCCAUUGCUGCGAUAUACAGGAGUAUCAUUGGUCGUGACUUUAUGGGUGGCCGUAAGCGAUUCCAGACUUACAAGAAGAUUGUCAUGGUCCUCGAUCCAGAGCAGGCCGAGAAGAUUGUUAACGAGACCUCCAACUACCGUCCCCCUCAGCCUCCACAGCCUAUUGCUUCUCCACUGCCUGUCGGUGAUAUCGAGGAGACCGCCGAGGCUGAUUCUGAUGCUCAGGAUGCUGAGAAUAGCAAUGACUCUGAGCAGGAUGAUGUGCAAUCAGACACUGUGGCAGGUUCGGAGGCCCAUCCUUCCAUUCACCAACGCAGCGACGAUUCGGAGAUUGUGGAUGAGAUUGAGAAGAAUGCCGACAACACUGAUGGCGAGGAGCAAGAGGAACUGAAUUCGGUUCACGAGAUUACCGAGGAGAUGAUCCUAGACGAGUCGGAAGAUGAUGACGAGGAGCAAGAGGAACUGAACUCGGUUCACGAGAUUACCGACGAGAUGAUCCUAGACGAGUGGGAACAUGAUGGCGAGGAGCAAGAGGAGCUGAAUUCGGUUCACGAGAUUACCGAUGAUAUGAUCCUUGACGAGUCGGAACGUGACGACAAGGAAACUGGGGAUGAUAUCGAACCAAGCGAGGACGAACUCGAGGAUCAGGCCAUGUACGGUGCAGCUGAUACUGACGACGAGGUCCAAAGCGAGCUCGUGCCUGAGGAUGAAGUCUCCGAGGAAGAUGCCCUUCUGGAAGAGCAGGGCCUCCAGGAGGAUGUUGAUUUGAGCGAAGGCGAUCUUGCCGAGGAUCUGAACGACAUUCCUGCUGUCAUGGCUGAUUCCGAAGAGACUGAAACCGUCCUGGACGAGAGCAGUAGCAGCGAUGAGACCAGCGGAGACGACGACGACGACAACCAAGGUGGCGAAGACAAGGAGGCGCACGAGGAGGCCGUCGAGGAGACUGAGGUAGAGCCGUUUGUGCCUUUAGUCGAGACUGUUCUCCAGGUCUUUGAACGCAUGUUGGAACAGCGGUCGUUGUUGAUUGUCAAGAACCGUGCUCGCGGAAUCGUCGAGCCUGAAGCGCCUGCCGCCAAUGCGACUAUCACUGAUGCUACUAGUGCUCCUGCACCCGCUGCUGUCACUCCUUUGUCUGUCUAA